ACCCUAUUUUGGGUAAUUGAACCACUUCUUAUUAAAGUUGCAUCUUAAGUCCAUUUUAGGUGCACCACUCCCUCACCACUUCUUUCUCUUCUUACUCAUGUAGAUUGAAACCUCUCCUUAUAUGCUUCAUGGGUAUCAAGAGAUCUUUCUCUAGCUACUUUUAGGUUUUGUUAGGUUCUUUCCUUUUUUCUUUCCUUUUAAGAGAGAGAGAAAGAGUGUGUGGUACAUGAUCUUUUUAGUGUUGUGCGUGUGUAUAAUAGUAGUGCUAUAAACACCAAAUGGGAAAGAGACUAGGUUUAGAUAGGGUCUUGGAAUGUUUCUCUCUUUCAAUGUCUCCAAAUUCCUGUGUGUGUGUUCAUGCUGUGGAAGAAGGAGAAGAGGAGUAUGCUGAGAAAAAGGCUUUGUUGAAAAGCCAUUUUGACCAGAUGCUAAAGCUUAAAGACAUAGUUGAUGGAACAAAGACACUUGCUUUUCAUCUUGAACCCAAGACUGUGGUUUUGAGGGUGUCUAUGCAUUGCAAUGGCUGUGCAAGGAAAGUUCAGAAGCACAUUUCAAAGAUGGAAGGAGUGACAUCAUUUGAAGUAGACUUGGAGAACAAGAAGGUGGUUGUGAUGGGAGACAUCACCCCAUUUGAAGUUCUUGAGAGCAUCUCAAAGGUGAAAUUUGCGGAGAUUUGGGUAGCCCCUUAAAUCAUCUAUAAGAAGAGAAUUUAACCUUCAACCAUUCAAUGAUAUAUCUACUUGUUUUACUUACUAUUCAAAAAAUGGUCUGCCUUUUCUCUCUCUCUCUCUCUCUCUCUCUCUUAACUUCAUGAGAAAGCAAUACUUAUCCUUAUAUAUGACUAUAAAAGUGUUGCAUUAAUUGUGUUUAAUUAUGCAUCCCCAUGUUCUAUUA